GACAACAAAUGAAUUCUGACAAACAAAAUUUUAAAGCAUUCAGUAAAAUUGGUGAAAAUAUGAAUGAAAAUGAUGGAACUAAUCUUGAUACAGAAUUCAAGCGCUAUUUACAAAUAAUGCGCAAUUACCUAGGCCAGCUAAUAGAUCAGGACGUGAUAGAAAUAUGUAACGCCUGGAUUCAGAAAUUGUCAAAUUGUAAGGAUGAUGAAAAAUAUUUGAGGAAUAAAUACACAUUUUCUCUUUGCUAUCAACUAGCUAUAGGAGUAUUAGAUCAUCCAUUUCUGACUGCUCCAAACAGUGAAUCUCUCGAUCCCCUUGACAAUGAAACACAGAGUGAUGAAUUAUCCAGUGAAGUUGAAUGCAUUGUAAUUGAUUCUGAACAUGACGAUAUAAAAACUGAAUGUGAUGUAACCAGCACUCCAAGAAUAGUUAGUUCAACACCACGUGAUAGUAUUCCUGGAAGUGAAUAUGAUGCAUGUAAGUCUAACAAGCAAUCAUCUCUCUGUUGUACCUAUGGUGUCAACCCAGCUGACGCAUUUGUUCACAGUGAUGACAACUUUGAAUAUCAACACAGGGCAGUAAAUCUCAUUAUGAAGUUGAGGGAAAUUAAAAAUCAAAACCUUAUAUUGCACAAUGAACUUAUUGCUUUAAAGAAAGAAUCUAAAAUUCGAAAUGAGGAAUACCAAGAUAGCUGCAUUGUUAAGGUGAAUACGUCCACAAGUACGAAUUCUAUGGAAAAGAACAGUGUUACUAAUUUAGAAUGUCUUAAGAACAAACUACAAGAAGUUCAUGAUUCAAGAAACUCUUUAUUAGAUUCUUUAGAAAAAUUACAAAACCAAAUCGAUAGUUAUAAUAUGUUGAAAAAACAUGAAAUAGAUGAUAUUGAAGCUAAGCAUAAACUAGAAAUGAUUGGAAUAAAAACUACCCUUCGUGAAGAAAUCACUGCUGAUUUCGAAAUACAGCUACAAGAUCUGAAACAAAAACACGACCAGGCUUUAAAACAACUUCAUAUAGAUAAAAUUAAUGAAAUUGAGCAAAUGAAUAAAUUUCACGAUGACAUAAUUACUGAAAAAAACAUCAUUAUUCAAAAAAAAGAUGCAGUAAUUUCUGACCUCAAGAAUCAGUUGGAUGAAAUAAAAAGUAAUCAAUUGUGUGUCAUUAACAAGCUCUUAGAUAAACCGGAAAGAGCUUAUGAUAACAGUCAUGUGUCAUCCAAAAUAGAAGAAUUAGAAAGAAAAAUUAUCAAAAUUGAAAGAGAAAAAUUAAAACUAAUAAAAAUAUACGAAGCAAAAAUAGCAAAUUUACAAAGACAAAAACAUUUAGCUGAAUGUAGUGUGCAACUUCAAGCAUUGAAGCAACGCAGUCAAGCAAUUAAUGAAGUUGACGAAAAUCAAGCAGAACUACACACUGCUAUAGACAAAUUAGAAAACAAAUACAAAGAGAUUGUGGCCAAUGUUCAAGCGACAGCCGUACAGCGACGGAUGCAGGAUCAAAUCGCUUUAGACGCAAUAAUACAGGCUAUUUGUGGUUCCCGGAAUGAAAGCCCAUACAUAAAUUCACGCAGCCCUAAUUCGUGUAAAACAAUGCACAACUCAAACAAGGAUAGCAACGGAUGUGACGCUGAAUUGUCAACUCUAUUCAGUGGAAAUAAGGUCGGCAGUGUGAUUGUAGGUAACAAGAUCUACGCCGACGACAGCGCCGUGAAUGAUUAUUGUCUGGGUAGAGAUAAAGUUUGCGAACUAUUUGAGAGGAUACAUAUUCCUCAGAGAGAUACUGAAAAUGCUCCAUCGAAGAAGUAGUUUAUGAAUUAAGUGUUUCACUGAAACGAAAGUUUGGAGUCUUGUUGAACCCAUUGCAGAUGAACACUUAAUUGUUAUUUAUGAUAGUUUCAAUGUUAUUUGAUUUAUGAUUUUGAUGUACUUACUACUAUAUUUUUGAAUAAAUU